ACGCCGCGGAGCACGCCGGGAGUUGGAGUCACCGCCCCACCCGGCCCGGAGGAACAGCCGCGAGGGGCGGAGCCAGCGGCCAGUGCGCGCAGGCGCACAGCUCCUCCCUCCCAGCAUGGCGGACACGGCACCUCAACCCAAAAGAAAGCGCGAACCGGACGCAGAGGCGGAAGACCCCAGCACAGGAGAAAAGGAAGCAGGAGUCGGAAAUGGUACCUCUGCUCCUGUUCGCUUGCCGUUCUCCGGCUUUAGACUGCAAAAAGUGCUGAGGGAGUCUGCGCGGGACAAAAUCAUUUUCCUACACGGGAAGGUGAAUGAGGACUCUGGGGAUGGGAAUGGAGAGGAUGCUGUUGUGAUCCUGGAGAAGACACCAUUUCAAGUAGAACAGGUGGCCCAGCUCCUGACAGGCACCCCUGAGCUCCAGUUGCAAUUCUCCAAUGAUAUCUACAGCACCUAUCAUCUGUUCCCUCCAAGGCAACUGAGUGACGUAAAGACGACGGUGGUAUACCCUGCAACAGAGAAACAUCUAAAAAAGUACCUGCGCCAGGACCUCCACCUGAUCCGAGAGACAGGAGCUGACUACAAGAACAUUACCCUACCCCACCUGGAGUCCCAGAGCCUCAGCAUUCAGUGGGUGUAUAACAUUCUUGACAAGAAGGCUGAAGCUGACCGGAUUAUUUAUGAGAACCCAGACCCCGCCGAUGGCUUUGUUCUCAUCCCUGACCUCAAAUGGAACCAACAACAGCUUGAUGACCUGUACCUGAUUGCCAUCUGCCAUCGCCGGGGCAUCAGAUCACUUCGGGACCUUACUCAAGAGCACCUGCCGCUGCUCAGGAACAUCCUUCGUGAAGGGCAGGAAGCCAUCCUGCAACGCUACCAGGUGAAGGGAGACCAUCUCCGUGUGUACCUGCACUACCUACCCUCCUACUACCACCUGCACGUGCACUUCACUGCCCUGGGCUUUGAGGCGCCUGGCUCCAGUGUAGAGCGGGCUCACCUGCUGGCCGAGGUGAUCGAGAACCUGGAGUGUGACCCCAAGCACUACCAGCAGCGCACUCUCACUUUCACCCUUAGGGCUGAUGACCCCCUACUCAAGCUCCUGCAAGAAGCCCAGCAGCCCUGAGUGCACCAGGAGAGGGCACAUUUGUUUGUGAUUUGAGGCAGUGUGGAGGCUAUGUUUUUAUCUCCAAGGGGAUUUUUUUUAAACAUUUAUUUUGUACUGGCUUAUUCCUUGUAUGUGAAUAAAGUACUAGGCUCAUCUGUGAAGGCUGAUAGCAUGGUCUUGGGAGGCAGAUGGAGAAGGACAACAGUUGGGCAGAGCAGGUGGGAAGGUCCUCAGACGUUUGGAAAGUCAAGGUUGUGGCUGCAGCUGGAGAGUGACGGUACCUUGGCAGGGUGCUGAGAGCUUGCUCCAGGUUCCCGUGCUCACCACACAUGCUUGCUCUCCUUCCUAUUCUGCCACCCCCCUAACUGUCCUUUGGGGAAGUUCCCCAAAAUACCAAGUUCAAAACCUGUCCGGAAAUAGUCGAUAGAGGCUUUAGAUGCCACUUCCUCCUUGCCUCCCCAGCACUGGGGUCACACCCUGCAUGUGCCUCAACCCUGUAGAUAAACUUGUUUAGGAGGAUGGGGGAUUGAUGCCUGGAAGAGGGAGGAUUUUAAUGAAAAUCAGAUGAUGCAAGCCCCAAAAGCCUGCCUUUGCCUCUGUAAUUUGGUCAGCGAGUUCCUGGCCUUGAGUUUAUUAUCUAGGCAGGAAGACAAAACACUCACAUGGAGCAGCCAGAAAAGCAAGUGCAAAACAGUGUUAUCAGCAAGGGCAAAAUGAUAUGGUUGCGGUUGAGUACAAAAGCUCCAAAGGGGCUGUGGUUCAGGGUGUGGUCAGGGCUAUAGGUUCAUUAGAAUCUGGAGGCCAGGAAGGGACCUUGACUAAUCAGAGAAUGAUGACAGCCAUGAAGCCAUCGGGGCAUUAUCUAGAAAGGGUGACAUCUGCCUCUGCCCCAGCAGAGCAGGGACACAACAUGCACACGAGGUCACUCUCCAGCACAGAGGACAAUUGCGUCACCCUGCUAGAGGGACUGGCGUUUGUUCUUUGGUCAGGGUAGAACUGAGGCUAACGUGACAGCAAAAGGAAAACAUUGGGCAGAGGGGUGGCUGUCACUCUGCAUCUCCUGGUUUGGGACCCUGAAGGCCUGGAUUCAGAGCCCAGCUCUUUAACUUGUAGGUGAGGCCCUCAGCAGGUGGCCCAAGUGCUCCAGACCCACACCGCCUGCUGUGGAGAGCAGGACUCGGACCCUGGUGGUGAGGCCUGAGAGUGAGUGGCCCCCUGACCCAGCCUUCUCUUUAGCUCUUCAAAAGUCCCAGAAUUCAGGUGGUGAGGAACUGUUUCAGGUAGUGACCAAGGCAGGUGGGUUUCUCAGCUGCCACUCAUGGCCACUCUGCAUCUGACCAACAGUUUCCUGGACCUAAAGCACAAACUCUUGAGGGCAGGACCGCAGGUCACUGCUGGGCUUUUGAGGGUAGGAGCCUGGCCUGAGGGCUUCUCCCAGACUGGUUUCCAGCUGGAAGGGCUGCUCCCCAGGUCUCAGUUGUUCCCCCCUCCAGGCAUAAGAGAAAAAACUGACGCCCUUCCCCUCUGAAAUCAGAUGGUCCUGACAAGCAAACACUGUUGCCAACUUCUGUACUGCAAAGGUGCCAAGUGAGGCCUCCCUCCAGAACACACACUCUUGCCACAUCACGUGCUCCCCACUACCCACCCCAACUGUGCUGCUUGUGAGUCCAGGCCCCCAGCUUGGACUGACCUUUAUGUUCCAUGCUAUCAUCUCACGUGUCUGCCCCAUAGCUGGUGCCUGGUAGGAAGUUGAUGGCUAGAGGCAUAAAAUGGAAGAGGAGCCAGGUUCAGUGGUGCACACCUGUAAUUCCACCAACUCAGGAGGCCUCGACAGGAGGAUUGCAAGUUCAGAGCCAGCCUCAUCAACUUAGCGAGGUCCUAAGUAACUUAGCGAGACCCCAUCUCUAAAUAAAAUAUAAAGAAAAGGGCUGAGGAUAUGGUGAGUGUCCCUGGGUUCAAUUCCUAGUUAAAAAACAAAACAACAAAAACCCACCUGUGAGGAGGGAUGAGCGAUGGGCCAUAGCUCUUGCAGGACAAACCAAGGUAAGGGGUCAGGGCAGAAAGGGUAGGGAGUCAGGUCUGGAAAAGCUGGGAGUGCCUUCCCAGGCCACAGAUCCAGGCAGAUAGAAGCUCACACCCUGGCUGGCUUUCUGGCUUUCCUGCAGAUUGGCCAGUCCUGCCUGCCUUUUGGUUCAUCUGCAAGGAGGAGCCUCUCUGGGAUAGUGUCCUCUCCGCUUCCCUCAGCCUCAAUUAUCUUCCCAGCAGCACAGAGCGGUCUCCUCUCAGGACUUCAGCACUUAUUUUUCUUAUUCUGAAGAGGACAAGCCUUUUCAGGAGUCCUGGUGAAGAGCUCUCCCUCAACCAGCCAUCACUCUGCAGCUGCCAUCUCCAAAGAACUAGGACUUUCCUCAGAACACAGCACCUUUCAGUCCCAUCACCCGCCACGCCUCUUCCCAUUGAGGUUCCUACCUGGCAUCUGGCCUGGUACUGGAGGUGCAGAGAGUUAACUGUUGUGCAGAGUACUGUCAAGACCCCCAAAGCACACAUAUAUCUUUUUAGUGUAACCCUUCCCCUCAAACUCUCCUGCAUGACUUGUCCAGGUAGCUUCAUGUGCAUCACCUCUUAUUCCUACUUGUAACUAUUGGUUUGUCUGCCUUCUCCACUGACCUGAAGGUAGAACUUGGUUCAGUUAUCUCUGUCUCCCUAGUACUUAGGAUACUAUCUGGCUCAGCAAAGCAGAAUUUAAAAUUAAUCAACAUUAUAAUGCUUUACAUUUAUUUCAUGGAACUCUCAUCCUUGUUUCCUUUUACAGAUAAAGAAAUAGGCUCAAGAUGCUUUGUCCGAUGUUAUGGGGUGUAUGUUAGCUCCAGGAAGCAGAGACUUCCGGUCCUUUGUUCACCAUUUAUCCAGGAUCUAGGACAGUUCCUUGUCCAUAGUAAGUGUUCAGUGAACACGUGGUGAGUGGAAGAAAGGAACUGGGCUCUGAAUCUAGGCCUCCUGGUUCCCGGACCAGGGAAUGCAGCGACAGUCACUCCUCUCUGCCUCACGCUUUUCUCCUGCUAUUACUUCAGAGAGUGCAAUAGCCUGCCUCCUCCGUGAGAGCUUCCCCAGCAAAUACAUUGUCCUCAGCUUUACCUUGACCAAAUAGCAAACACCAGGCCCUCUGGCAGUGUGAUGCAGUUGUCCUCUGAGCUGGAGAGAAUGCCUUCAUGUGCGUGCUGUGUCCCUCUGCCAGAGCAAAGGCAGAUGUCACCCUUCCCAGAUAAAACGGGGACAGCUCUACAAGUGGCUCUAAGCUCCCAACACAUGGCCUACUUUGUUCUUGGCUUGGUUCAAGAAGGAGGGAAAGAAGCAGUCGCAGGCAUGACUGCUAUUGUUUCUUGGCUUUUGUCCAUUUGCCCCAGAGUUUCCUGAGAGAGCAAAAUUGCCAUUUUUCAACAUGAAACUGAGAAAAAAAAACAUAUCCAAGCUUCACUUUUCAUGUCCCUGUUGGAUAAAAAUCCCCAAAUUGAGAAAUAAAUCACGAAACAAUUAUAAAGUAGUAUUUGAAAAUGUUUCUUUCAUAAUACUUUCUUAUCCAAAACAUUUGAAUACAGGCUUCCCUUGUUAUCUAGGGGAGUUUGGUUCCAGGACUGGCCCCACUCCCAAGAUGCCAAAACCCUCAGAUGCUCAAUUAUCUUAUAUAAAAUGGUGUAGUACUUGCAUAUAAAAUAUUUAUACCACUGGGCAUGGUGGCGCACGCACACCUGUAAUCCUAGCAGCUCAGGAGGCUGAGGCAGGAGGAUGGUGAGUUCAA